AUGGCAGCCCUUGACCUUUCUUUGCCUACCGUCCUUCUCAUUAUCGACAACCACACUGCUUUCGAUAACGAAGCCUACUGGGGCAAGAGAUCAAAUCCCGAGUACAAGGAAAACGUCACUGCACUCAUAAAUUCAUUCCGGGCUGUCCACGAUCGAAAGUCCCAUAUCGAAGUCAUCCACGUUGGCCACUCAUCCACCGAUGUCAAGAGUGUCCUGCAUCCUAAUCAUCCAGACGGCGGUCCAGUCUUCUACCCGUUCACCGAGCCGAUCCCUGACGAGCUCGUCUUCUGGAAGAAUGUCAACUCGGCUCUUGUCGGAACCGACCUGGAGAAGACGUUGAGGGCAAAGGGCGUGAGACAGCUGCUGCUCCUGGGCCUGACGGCCGAACACUGUGUAUCUACCACAACUCGCAUGGCUGCCAACCUGGGUGUUACAAACGCCCCAGACGGCAGUGCAAACGGCCGGGUAAUCCUUGUUGAAGAUGCUACUGCCUCGUUCCCCUGCGGGCGGUUUGAUGCUGAUACCGUCCAUGGCGUGUCGGUUGCGACGCUGAGAGAGUUUGCAGAGGUUGUCAAGACGGCAGAUGUUUUGAGAGACCUGCAGCCGCUGCUGUCGUGA